AUGAAAGAGAGCGCAAUAGUCGAACUGCCUACUGCAAGACCUCCUCUAGUAACUAGCGAUACAUUUGUGCCAUCGACUGUAAUAGGCGGUGCGCCGGAUGUGAGGGUGCGAGAUCUGAUCAUUACAGCCGAGUUCGAGGGAUCGAAUAAGAGUGGUUGCGUCCAUAUCGUUGCGAUUGGCCCUACGAUUUGGGAUGCAAGUUGUGGUAUACCGAGCGUCGAGCAGCCUAUUAGUACCAAACCGCCAGUACCCAGGGAGACAAGUGUGCCGUCAAUGGUGUCUUCGGGGUCGAAGACCAGCGUUUGUGUACCUACCGUCGCUAGUGGAGAGUGUAUCGUAACUGGAUCUCCCAGCGACAAUGGUAGAUUGUAUGAUCCAGAAGACAUGGUUGAUAUAGCAAUCGGAUCGUUCCCCGUGUUCUACGGAAGUGGUGUCCCAACCGAGUGCACCGACUCCGCUGUCGAUGUAGCCACGGGCGUGCUCUUCGUCGUAUAUCCAGCGUUCAAUACCGCGGACGAGAAGCCACUCCAGCUCCAAUCGACUGCACACGCACGGGCGGAUCGUUGA